AUGUGCGCUGAAGCAACAUUCGACGACAGGAUCAAUCAGAUCAUCGUGUCGGUGCAGAUGAUGCUUCCUGCGGGACGCCAGGAGGACGCGCUGCGUGCCAUCGUCGCCCGCCUGAACAGCCUGCUGAGCAUCCAUCAGGAUCCAGCCAGUAUCCCAGCAAGCAGUUCAUCAUCGCCUGCAACCGGGAGCGCCGAGGUGACAACAAACGCGGGUGGAAACAGGACAGUGCGUGUGCUGGCCGAGGCUAGUUCAUCUGGGCGUCGCCGUGCUCGAUCGGAAACCGGCGACGGCGGUUCACCCUCCCCGAAGCGGCUUAAGCGGACUGCCGAGCAGCACACCAAGAGAUCCCUCUCCUGGGCUGACCCACCGGUCACUCAUGCCAAUGGUCAGCCAGUCAACCGCCGCCCUGCACCACCAGCGAACGGUGACAGCACCCCACCCAUUCCCCUGCGCGAUGAUAAUGGGGCACGCAAGUACAAGUGCCCCCGGUGCCCGCAGACCAAGCAGCGAACGAAGGAAAUUACGGAGCACCUCGGAAACCAUAUGCAUGGCGGGGAGGGGAGUGAGCACUGCAACCAGUGCGAUUUUGGGACAAAUUCCAAGUACAGUCUCAACUGGCAUCUGAAACUGCACGCCAAGGCGAUCGAGUAUGACAGCACCGGCGCAGCAGCGUUCAGUCGUGCCGGACCGGGGAAUACUGCGCAAUGUGUCCGCUCCUGGGCGCGCAGGAUCAUCGCGGUAACACCCACCAUCAGCUGGGACACCCGCCAGGGAGAAUUCGGUUGAACUUUAGUAAAUUAAGUACUCGCGGUUGUAUGGAUUAGACGGAAUGGGUCAGCUUAUGCUGGUUUGGAUGUGUGCUUUUCGGUAUGGGUGUAAAUGCGCACAGGACGAAGAACGAGCGUGGUAUCUCAAGUACGGGAAGCUAUUGCUGAAUCGCUGGUUGAGGAGGGAACAAAAUCGGGCGAAUGUUGAAUGGACAGAGACGGUGUUGGAUCACGUACUUUGAACGAGCGCUGGAAGCUUUGCGCAGUGCUCGGCUGUGUCGGAAAUGAUGGCAUGUCUGUGUGUAAUGAAAAUACGGAUAACAAUCCUAG